UUUUCCAACAGAGGGCGUAUCAUAUUGUAUCACAUUGCAUGAAUCAAACAUUUCACCGACGAAGGCACAUUCGAAUAAUAAUUAUUAAAUAAGAUUGAAUCUCAGAGCAAGUUAGUAGUUAACCUCAGCGGGUUAUUUGAUGCAGUAAAGAUCUAAAUCUCUCGGGGUUUGUUGCGAUUAUCUCAUGAUCUCACGAGAACAUUCGGCGCUUUUGUUGUUGAUCUCCAGGAAAAGCAACAGCUUCGAACACACAUUUUUUAAAUUUAUUUUGGCAAGGACGACGAUCGAUCGUUGACAACGAAACACCUUUAUUUAUUGCUCCUAAUAAAUCUGCGUCAGUAGUUCUCUUUCUCGCGUGCAUUAUUUCUUCGUCUUCCCGGAAAUAUCCACGGCAAGAGUUUUUAAUCCACUCGUGGAGCCGCACGGAGGCCUUUCUGUGGCGCAUCAUGCUCGUGUGCAUGUGAAAAAAGUAUUUAAUUUCUUUAAAUUUUAGUUUACGUUUAUUUUUAGGCUUAAAUUAAGCUUAUAAAUGCCAGGUGUGCGCGAGAUCGGGUUGCUGGGCGCCGCGCUCGCGCUGACUGGAGGAGUCGCGUGCGCUGUGUGCUAUCUGAUGCACAAAACACAAGAAGAACCCAAGAAAACAGUGAAAGAGGAUGAACGCAAGCAAGAACAAGUGCGUAAAGCGACCAGAACCAAAAAUGCAUUAAAGCCGCCCAUUAUAUCAGAGCCCAGGUCUGCAGGGACUCAGGUGCUGGUUUUGGGCCUGGACGGGGCUGGAAAGACCAGUUUACUGCACUGUUUUACCACGGGCAGCCUGGAACAAGACACAAGUCCGACUCAGGGCUUCAACGCAGUCUCCAUAAACAAGGAAGAGCUUCAGAUCGAGUUUCUAGAGAUUGGAGGCUCAGAGAAGGUGCGCGAUUACUGGCUCAUGUACCUGUGUAAAGCACGUGUGAUGGUGUAUGUGGUGGACUCGACUGACGUUGACCGAUUCCCUCUGGCUAAACGUCACUUACAUCAGCUCCUGUCUUCCGACCCCUGCCUGCCCCUGGUGCUGCUCGCCAACAAACAGGACAUGCCCGGAGCUCGAGGCAUCACAGAUCUUUACGAGGCGCUGGAUUUGGGUAACGUUGGCGACGGGCACCGACUCAGCGUCAUCGGUACUCAAGUGAAGAAGGGAAAGUCUGCGGCCAACACCGGUGUACAAGAUGCCCGUGACCUCAUCAUAGAGAUGAUGUCAGAUAAUUGACUCACUUUCAUUUGCUGAGACUCAGGAGUGUCUUUAAAUAAGUCUUCCUUUGGUUUCCGUGGCACUACGUACACCAGAACGUCUGGAAAACAUUCAGGGCUGUGAGAUAACCAAAGAAUGGCAACAAAAAGCCGUGUUUUUGUAGAGUUAAAGGGAUUUUAUGUAGUUCUUAUAAAAGUUAAAUACAUGAAUGAAAUCAAAUCGUUAUCUCUUUAAAUGAGAUUUUGGGGAAAACUGAGCAUUUUGGAAAAGAUGCCAAAGAUAAAUAUGUAUUUUAGUUAAUUGCUGCUGCUGUUUUGAUUGUGUAUUAUGAGAUGUGGAUCUGUUAUAGGCCUUUUAAACUUGUCUUUGGCUCUGGUUUAGCGACUUAUUUAAGUAUUUGUGUUACGUAUUUGCUAGAUGAUCUCAUGCUUGAAUUUUUAAAAAAUUUAACUUUGCUGUACUGCAAUGUCUGUAUAUUAAUUUUGACUCUAAUAUCUCCACUUGGCAUUUUAAAGCCAAAAAUCUGAUGUCAAGUAAAUAUUUGAUGUAUUUUGUCAUUGUAUUUUGAUAACUAUUAAAUAUUGAAGUAACUGAAUAUUUUUGAGACUUUGUUGGAGAGGGUUUGUCACAGUAUAAUAAAAAUCCCCUUGUUUA